CUAGUGAUAAGACAGGUGUUACACCACUGUGUCUCGCUAUUGAAAGUGGACGUGUAAGUGAUGUUCAGAUGCUUUUGGACAGAGGUGCUAACGUUAAUGCUGAAACUUUGAGUGAUAAUUCUCCGCUUUGCGAUGCGAUUAUAUAUGAUGAAAUAGAAAUUGCUGAAUUACUUUUAGAUCAUGGAGCUAACGUUAAUGCUAGAGAUAAGAUAGGUGAUACACCACUGCGUUUUGCUGUUGACUAUGGACAUGUAAGUGGUGUUCAGAUGCUUUUGGACAGAGGGGCUGACGUUAAUGCUGAAACUCGGUUUGGCACUACUCUGCUCCGCGAUGCGAUCAAUUAUGGGGAAAUGGAAAUUGCUGAUUUACUUUUAAAUCAUGAACCUUUCCUUAACGGCAGUGAUAAGUCAGGCACGAUUUGUUGUGACAGACGUGCUAACGUUAUUGCUAAAACUCGAUAUAGCACAACUUUGCUUCCUAAUGCUAUUGAAAAUAGGGAAGUGAAAAUUCCUGAAUUACUUUUAAAUCAUGGAGCUAACGUUAACGCCAACGAUAUUACAUUACUGUGGUUUGCUAUUCACAGAGGACAUGUAAAUGGUGUUAAAAUUCUUUUGGACAGAGGUGCUAACGUUAAUGCUGAAACUCUGGAUGACACAUCUCCGCUUCACGAUGCGAUUAAAUAUGAGAAAAUAGAAAUUGCUGAAUUACUUUUAAAUCGUGGAGCUAACGUUAAUGCCAGUGAUAAGUCAGGUGUUACACCACUAUGUCUUGCUGCUAAAAAAGGACAUGAACAAUUUGUUAAGAUGUUUCUUGACAGAGGUGCUAGCGUUAAUGCUGAAACUUGGGAUGGGACAACUCCGCUUCACGAUGCGAUUGAAAAUAAGAAAAUAGAAAUUGCUGAAUUACUUUUAAAUCAUGGAGCUAAUGUUAAUGCCAGUGAUAAGAUAGAUGUUACACCACUACGUCUUGCUGCUACAAACGGACAUGAACAAUUUGUUAAGAUGUUUCUUGACAGAGGUGCUAACGUUAAUGCUAAAACUUGGAAUGGAACAACUCCGCUUCACGAUGCGAUUCAAAAUAAGGAAAUGAAAAUUGCUGAAUUACUUUUAAAUCAUGGAGCUAACGUUAAUGCUAGUGAUAUGACAGGUGAUACACCACUGUGUCUCACUGUUAAACUUGGACAUGUAGAUGAUGUUAAGAUGCUGAUGGAAAGAGGUGAUACACCACUGCGUCUUGCUGUUCAUAAUGGACAUGUAGAUGAUGUUAAGAUGCUGUUGGAAAGAGGUGCUAACGUUAAUGCUGAAACUCGGGAUGGCACAACUCCGCUUCAUGAUGCGAUUAAAUUGGAGUAUAUAAAAAUUGCCGAAUUAUUAUUAAAUCAUGGAGCUAACGUGAAUGCUAGUGAUGAGUCAGGUUUUACUCCAUUGCGUUACGCUGUUGAAUGUGGACAUGUAGAUGGUGUUAAGAUUCUCAUGGACAGAGGUGCUAACGUAUUUCACUACUGUGUCUUGCUGUUCAAAAACGACAUGUAA